AUGUGUAGAAGGAUGCUCAAGUUGUAGUAAUAGAAAAUGCAUGACAAUGGUAAUAAAGAUGGUGAGUGCGUAGCUAUCUGCAGCCCUUUUAGCUAUAAGAAUUAUUAAAAUAAUUUAUGCUAAAAAAACAAUCUCUCUGUUUAUGAUAGAAAUAACCUCAAUCUAGUAAAAAGUAAGACCUUUGAAACAAAAGAAUUAUAAGCAUUCAAUCUAAAUGGUAUCAUAUUUUUCAUAGGUAGAGAUAAUUCUAUAUCAUAUUGGGAUAUUAUAAAUGAAUCAAAAUAGCUUCAAUUAAUAAUCAUUAUACUCUGA